AUGGUUCUGCCAAACCACAUUGCUACCAGCCUUGGUGGUACAUGGCUAUUCAUUAAUCAGUCGCACGCUUCAAGAGUCGAUUUGAACGGUAAUAUUAAAUCUCGAGACAACUUCGGUCGGCACCCAGUGGGUCAAAUCAUCUACGAUCCAGCGGGAUACAUGUCCGCCAGUAUAUCUUCGACAGACCCAGAGCACAUUCCUCCAACACGAAACCCCGACGAGGCAACGGACGCAGACCGCGCACUUAUGAGCAAGCACAGUCUAGCAUAUUCUGGACAGCUGCAUGUUGAGUGGGAGAAUAGUACUGCAACAGUCGGCAGGCUAAUACAUGGGCCGUUGGUCAUGUCAUCGCACACUAGCUGGUUGGGAACAAACCAGAGUCGGAACUACAUAUUGACGAAGAACGCAAGUGAAACGCUUGGGAGAGACAUCCUGCACUUGUGGUUGAAGGGCAGCGAUGGGACAGCAAACUUGUAUUGGGUGAGAGCUGACGCGAGCUGA